GCUGUUCCGAGCCACUCAGGAACGAGGUCACUGCCGACUGAGUGCGCUUACAAGAGCCGUCCGGUUGCGAAUUGUCCCCUUUUUCAUUCAGUAGCUUGAGUCGGCACAUGGGCCUCCUGCCCCGCUGUAUUUAACACAAAUUCCACAAACUCUGGGGCAUAAACUGGCAACACCAUCAGCAGAGAGGGAAUUCUCAAUCCAACGGGAAUUUUUGUCUUUGGACUUCCUUGGUUUAGGUCAUUUCAAGGAGGGCGUAUUUUUCAUUUUCUAAAUCUUGGAGUUCGAAUAGUCUUUGGAUUACAGUUUCAAGAUACCCUUACUCCAGCCAACAAGAUGCAAAACUUAGUGAUUUUCACCCUGGUUUUCCUCUCCUCAUUCAACUUCAUAAAAGGCGCUACCCCAAACUGCCGUGAUACUGACGAUAAAAGAUACUCACUGGGAGAGGAGUGGACGCAGUACUGCCAUUCAUUCAGAUGUGAAAGUAAUGGUGCCAGGCUAGUCACAGCUGGCUGUGAAAGAUCGGAUCGGUCCUGUUUUAACGUAGGUGCCACGUACCAGUAUUUUUGCUUCACCUACAAGUGCGUCUUGGAAGAUGGACGCGCCGUCCGACAGCAAAUAUAUCAAGGUUGCGAGAGAGCUGACGGUACAUGUUACGGCGUGGGAGAGACGUAUAACUAUUACUGUUACGUCUACCGGUGUGAACUCGAGGGUGGACGACGGCCGCGGCGGAAGAAGGUCUCAACCGCUUGUUCCUACUACAACCAAUGUAUCCCAGUUGGCAAUAAAAUCCAACAUGGCAGGAGAGAUUAUACCUGCAGGGAGAUGCCCGAUGGCCGUCUCACGUGGGAACGAGGUACAAGCAAGGCUGAAAACAGACCAACGUGCACAGCCCCGAGUGGUGAGCGGGUACUCUACGGUAACAGGUUCAUCGACGGAUGCAACACUUUCAAGUGUGACAGAGUUGGUACUGGUUACAGGCUUGUUGUGGAGCGAACGGGUUGCUUGGCCGCAGACGGCUCCUGCAAGAAUACUGGGUCUCGAGACUUCUCGUGCGAAAUCAACGGCGCGAGAAAUGAACGAUGCAAGUGUGAGGAGAACGGUGGCGACCUCCCUGCGUUGGUUGCUAUGGCGGUGGUCAACCCUACCGACGGAGAGGGAACAUCAGCUGAGGACUUCACUCGACAAGGGCAGAAGGGCUGCCUAGGGCCAGAUGGCUCAUUGGUGAAGCCGGACAACUUCUACAUAUUUAACUGCGAGCACUUCAAAUGUCAGCUGGAGGGACUGGAUUAUGCCUUGAAGAUGAUCGCAAAGGAUUGUAAGACCGCAGACGAUACAUGCGUGCGCCUCGGCACGUCCGACUUUGCUUGUAAGAUCGGCGGUGUCCGCCAGGAGCGCUGCAAGUGCCAGCUGGGACGAAAUCACGAGAUUGAGUACACAGCUUUGCCUACUAGUUGCCGCGCACCUGAUGGUAGCAGGGUCGACAUCUUGAGCUCAUUCAAAGAUGUCUGCACAACUUACAGGUGUGAGAAGAACGGACAACUCAAGCGGAGAUCAGAAGAGUGCAUCACCUUUGACAAUGACUGCGUCGCACCAGGAACCAAGGACUUCCCUUGUUUGGUCAGAGGCAUGCCGGAGCAACACUGCGCCUGUGUCAGUGAGGACGACCGCAUCCGGUAUUACCUGAACGGCUGCAAAGCGCAGGACGGAACCUUCGUCGCCCCUGGGCAGGACUUCACUCAUAACUGCACCGAAUAUAAAUGUUUGGAAACCAAUGGUGAAUUCUCUCUAGAGUCGCAGAGACGAGACUGCAUCAAUGCAGACGGAGGAUGCGAGAGGCUUGGAUCCAAUGACUUUGCCUGCAUCAUCGAUGGAGUCCGCUACGACAGCUGCAAGUGCCUCCUCGGCCUGGACGGCUAUCCAAGAUACCUCAUCAAUAUGGUGGAGAAGCCGGUGGCGAAAAUGGAAAACGGGUGCAGUGAUGCGAAUGGCAUGAUCACACCCGAGGGAGGCAGGAAGACCAUAGACUGUAUUGACUUCCAGUGUGUCAGAGACGGCGAUGCUUUCAAGUUUGAUACCGUGAGAGAAAACUGCAAAGAAACCAAUGGGAGAUGUUUGCCAAUCGGAUCAGCUAACUUCGAGUGCGUUGUGAAUGGUAAGCAAUAUUCCAACUGUAAAUGUGAAGCAGACAGCCGAGGGAAAGCAAGCCUUGCGAUCAUUCCUGAGGGCUGCACGGCCGAGGAUGGCACCUUCGUUCCCUUGGAUGAUUCUAUCGUGGUGGACUGUACAGCACACAAGUGUUCCAAGGAGGGAGGCAAAAACAUGCUGCAGCCAACUGGAGUUGAAUGUAAGACUGCUGACGACACCUGUGUGCCAGUUGGUUCCACUGGUUUCCCCUGCAUCAUCGAGGGCACUCGCUACCCAAAAUGUACUUGCGGUCCUGACGCGAAUGGCGAGCUGAAGUACAUGGAAAUGGAAGAGAAGGCCGGGGCGUGCGACUGGCAUAAUGGAGAAAAGGUGCCCCUUGGUACCAGAAUGACCUUUGACUGUACGGAGCAUCAAUGUACAGAGGAGAAUGGACGGUUUAUUAUGAAACCUGUCUCAGUUGCCUGCAAAGCCGCUGACGGCACGUGCGUACCUCCCGGGAGUAAGGACUUCGAGUGCAUGAUCAGCGGUAGUAACUACCCCAGCUGUAGCUGCGCCCUAGGUCAGGAUGGCAGACUCACCUACUCUGCGAAUCCGACCGAGUGCAUCCUUGGGACUGGGGAAAGGACUAAGAUCGGGGAAACGAUUACGAAGAAUUGUAGAGAUUACAAAUGCGUGAGUGAGGCUGGCACACUCAAGAUGAUGCACGUUCGAUCAGAGUGUAUAACCUUUGAUAAGCAAUGUGUCCCGGUCGGCCACCAAGACUUCACAUGCGAGAACAAUGGCCAGCCGGUCGAGCACUGUUCGUGCCGUGAGACCCUUGAGGGCAACAUCCAGUACUUCGUGGAUGGCUGCAUCAUGAAGAACGGCACAUACGUGGCAACUGGCGACACCAUUACUAUCAACUGCGCCCAGUAUAAGUGUAAUCAGAAAGAAGGCGGCUAUGGCUUAGACCUCGACGGCAGAGAAUGUAUGACAUACGAUGGAGAGUGCGUUCCUGUGGGUGAGAAGGACUUCACUUGUAACAUCAACGGCAAAGCCACAGACCAUUGCAGCUGUGAAGCCGGCGCUGGAAACAAUAUCAGAUACUUCGUUGACGGUUGCGUCAUCACUGACGGGCGGUAUGUGGCCACCGGCGAUACCAUUACGUUGGACUGCGCAGUCUACAGGUGCUCCAAGUCUGAUAUAGGCUACUCGUUGGAGUUUGAGAGCAAAGAGUGUAAGACAGCCGAGAACACAUGUGUUCCAGUAGGUUCUAAGAACUUCCCCUGUCUGAUGAAUGGAGUCCGCCAGCCAAACUGCCAGUGCAAGUCCGAUACUGACGGAACCAUCCUCUACAGUGCUCAGCCCACGGAGUGUGUUCUUCGCGAUGGUCGCAAGGCGGCUGAGGGCGAGACUCUGGAGGUGAACUGUACUACCUACUCCUGCUCAAAGCAAGGAAAUGCCCUUGGAUUCAUUAAAGCACAAGUUCGCUGCCAGACCGCUGAUGGAGACUGCAUGCCAAUGGACUCGGUCAACUUUCCAUGUGUCUUAGCCGGCAAGCGGUACCCUGGUUGCAAGUGUGAACUCGACUUCGACAACAGUAUAAUCUACUCUCUUUACGGCUGUUUGACUAUCGACGGUACCUUUGUUUCACUUGAUGACACGUACACCAAGGACUGCACAGAGUACAUCUGUACGAAAUCAUUUGACCAGUUCGUGCUAGAGCCAGCUAUGACAGACUGCAAGAGCACAGACGGCCAAUGCUAUCCAGUUGGCACCGACAUCUUCCCCUGUGAAGGCCCCGAUGGCACACAGUAUGAUAGAUGUAAAUGUGUUCGAGGCGAUGGCGGAAAGGUGUACACACAGAUUCAACUACCAACAACAGCGGCACCGGAAGAACCAACUACCACAACAGCGGCGCCAACUACUACAACUACCACUACGACAGAGGCCCCAAGUGCUGCCGUUCAAGCAAGCGACCGAAAGACAGCAGGCGGUACCGGCGAGGGCAAGAACUGCGUCUUCCCCUUCAUCUACGAUGGCUAUGAGUAUGAUGACUGUACCACAUACGGCGAUGAUCACAGCCGACCAUGGUGCUCAACCACUGGUAACUUUGAUAAUGACGGCAAGAAGGGAUUCUGCAAACCUAAGAAGGAGCCAGUCUUGACAACAGGGGGCGAACCCUGCGUCUUCCCCUUCUCCUAUGGUGGUGCCCUGUACUACGAGUGUAUACCAAAGACCUGGAGUGGUGCUUGGUGCGCCACCACGUAUGACUAUGACAAUGAUGACAUCUGGGACUAUUGUGAUGGCUACUAGGAAUAAAAUCUCCGAGUGACGGGCCUGGGGACGAAUACACCAUCAGUGGCCUUUCUUCUUUCUUGUCCACAUCAUGGACCAAAUAAAACAUUAGGUGGAUGAAAUAAGGUAAUUGGCGAGACGAAGAACUUUGUGUAAAUGAAUGUGCCAUUGGUUUGAACUGGCUGAAUUGCAGAGAUGAGUAUUCAUCUAUAUGUGUGCAUGAUGGUAAAUCGUGAAUCCUCCGACGCAGCAUCAACUUGUGGAUAAAGGUCUGGUUAUAUUCUUAUGACCAGUGGAAACAUCAAAUACGCCGUGGACUAGUAACGCCAUGACGAAUAUAGUCGUCAUAUCAUAUCGCAUGCUAGUGAUAUGACGACUGACUGUCAAUGUAUAACAUGUAGCUAUUGUUCUCGGAUUUGCGUUGCUACAGUUUGGUCGCAGUCGUCCACAGGCCUGUUGGGUUUAAUUUAUUUGAGUUCGCAUAAUAUUAUAAUGAUGGACGAUCCUGUUGAUACUUUAGUUUUACCAAUCUAAGACCGUUUCUGCCGAAUGUCCAUAAAACGGGAGUUGUUAUGCAAAUUUUCAGUCGAUGCAUUCAAAAUGUUGACUUUGGAUAGCGACAUCAAAUUGUCUAGUGACGUCAUGAUCCAGCUUGCCGUUUUUUCGGUUUCGCUGUUCUUAGAUUGGUGAGCCGAGAGUAUCAUACUUUGGACAGGGUUCAGGCGUUGCUACGGACUCUGGGUAAUACAAAACAUGCACGUGGAAUUUUGGGUCCAAUCGUCUCUUUCUGACAUGCAAUCAUUCUAGGAGAAAUUAAGAAAUAUGUGAUGACGUCACAUCACAUGACUGUGCUAAAAGAUGUUACAGGAUAGGGUGCGUUUAUUUAGCGAUACCCAAUUGUUUAGCGUCUGCGUUUAUGGAACUCGUCAACUAUAUCGAUAUAAUAUGGUGCAACUAUAGCAGUCUUAUUUUGUCAGAUAUUGUAAGUGAUUUUUUUCUGACAAUGCAACCAAUGCACGAAGUAGAGCUUGUGUUUAGUUCCGUCACCAAUUAAAGACGUCAGUGCAAAAGGAGAGUGACCAAUGAGAGUAAGCACUGGGGCUGUUGUGCAUACAAUAUAGGUCAACAUGGCGCCGGGGUCAAUUAGCAAGAGUGGAGGAGCAUUAUUGCAUUAAACUUGGCUGUCCGGUUUUGACCAUUUUCUUGAAAUGGGAAAAAUAGAACUUGACAUUUUUUGCACUAGCACCUUCAAUUGAUGUAGCUUUAACUGCACGAUUUACGUUACCGUGAAUUUUCAAGAUUUAGGAAAAUUAUAGCGAUUACGUAAAUUGGCUUUGAGACGCAGAUAAAUUGUAUUUACGCAUUUUGCAGACUCGGUCACAGGUGUAGGAGGUCCCCUAGAGGCCUUCUCUUCAUAAUGACAAAAGCAUAUCCGUCGGGUGUAAUGCACACUGUCUCUUCGAUUCGUGCCGCGAGGCCGAUGAACAGUUGGGUUGUGCAUAAUAUGCGACAUGAAACACUUCUGUGGAUAUAGGCUUCGAAAUCCUUUGAAAGAGGGAUCGCAUAGGGCAUGACACAGUCUAGGGGAACGUAUACAUGUAUUGGAACUUGUAUAGCGCACAUUAUACCUUGUUAUUAGUAGUUGUAAACCAUUGCUAUGGGAAUGUUAUUUACCAUACAAUUAUAGUAUACUUAGAUUCAAAUGAAAAAAAAGUAUAAAUCCUCUAAAAUAUGACUUUGGGAGGAAUAUUAUCGAUAAACCCAGAAUGGCCUUAAAAGUUGUUUUGUUUUUGAUGAUGAAAGCGCUGUACCAAGUUAUAUAAAGGGGAAAUGUACUAUAAGAAUAUAUAUGUAGGAAACAGUUAUGUAUGCCAUAGUAUGUUAUGUGACAAAUGUAAAUAGAAUUUCUCCACCUUUUUAUACUGAAAUAAAAUGGGUUCUCUAAAAUUAA